CGCGGGGCCGCGGACGGGAACUGCAGUCGGCGGCCAUCUUCUUUCCCAAGCCGGCUGCUUCCUAGUGCGGCUCCGGGAGUCCGCCCCCUCGGGUCCGGGUGCCCCGCGGCCUCGGCGGUGACCUGUAGUGGUGGUGCCUACGGUGGCGGCCGGGGACGAGGGAGGGAGGAGAGGCGCCCUCGGCCCGGGUCACCGUUACUCCCCUUCAGCGCGCUCACUCCCCCCCAAUUUCCUUCGGCCGCCCCCCAGCGGUCCCAGAGGGCAGAGGGAGCGGUGGGAGUCCCCGCUCCCUGACCCAGCCCCCUCGCUAGGCAGCCCGAGCCCGUCCUCGCGUCUCCUCGCCUCGGGUCCUGGGCUGGCCGAGCUGAGCUGGGUCCGCUACCCCCUCUCUCUGCCUCCCCCAGCCCCCGCGGCCGCACCUGCCCUCCCCCGCCCCCCGACCCUCCAGGCCGUGCGGGGGUCGCGCCCACCUCCUCCUAGAUGGGAUAAGCUGUAAAGAUGUUUAGCUUUGAAGGGGAGUUCAAAACCAGGCCCAAGGUGUCCCUUGGAGGUGCAAGUAGGAAGGAAGAAAAGGCAUCUCUCUUGCAUCGUACUCAGGAGGAAAGAAGGAAAAGAGAGGAAGAAAGGAGAAGGCUGAAAAAUGCAAUAAUUAUUCAGUCCUUUGUUCGAGGUUAUAGGGACAGAAAACAGCAAUAUUCUAUCCAAAGAAGUGAAUUUGAUCAGUGUGCUAAUUUGGCACAAUCUGGUGGAUCUUUUUCUGUUGCUAAUGGGCCCAACCUGACCCUUUUAGUUCGGCAGCUUCUGUUUUUUUAUAAACAGAAUGAAGAUUCAAAACGUUUGAUAUGGAUGUGUCAGAAUUUAAUUAAACAAAAUUCUCAGUUCCUUAAGCAACUGGAUGGUCCUGACAGACUUACCUGCUUAUUUCAAAUAAAGAGGCUAUUGGGCUUAUGUUGCAGGUUACUACAGAACUGUAAUGAUGACAGUUUGAAUGUUGCACUUCCUAUGAGAAUGCUUGAAGUAUUUUCAUCUGAGAAUACAUAUUUAUCUGUUUUGCAAGAUGCCAGCUAUGUGGCAUCAUUAAUUGAACAAAUUUUGCACUACAUGAUUCAAAAAGGAUAUUACAGGUCUCUUUAUUUGUUAAUUAAUAAUAAGCUUCCACCAAGUAUUGAAUAUUCUGAUGCAUCUCGAAUUCCUAUAGCAAAAAUUUUAUUGGAGAACAUUCUGAAACCAUUGCACUUUACUUAUAGCUCCUGUCCAGAAGGCGCAAGGCAACAGAUUUUUGCAGCCUUCACAGAGGAGUUUCUGGCAGCACCUUUUACAGAUCAAAUUUUUCAUUUCAUCAUUCCAGCAUUAACAGAUGUACAAACCAUUUUCCCAUAUGAACUUUUUCUGAAUGCACUGGUGGUAACAGAGAGUAGAUACUCAAAAAAAAGUGACAGAGCACCAUGGCUUUUCUACUUCGUUUUAACUAUUGGCGAAACAUAUUUGGGGACUCUGUCUGAGGAAGGACUACUUGUGUAUUUAAGAGUACUCCAGACCUUUCUUUCUCAAUUGCCUGUUUCUACUGUUGGUGCAAACAAUCAAGAUUCUACCAGUGACUCUGAAGAUGAGGAUGAAGAGAUUGAUAGCAUGAUGACAAAACCUGGAGAUGGUAGAAUAUCUGUGCAGUACAUAACAGAGGAAUGUCUAAAAAAGUUGGAUACAAAACAACAGACAAACACCCUACUAAAUAUGGUGUGGAGGGAUUCAGCCAGUGAAGAUGUAUUUACAAUGAUGGCAUCUAUCUGCCACACACUAAUGGUGCAACACCGAAUGAUGGUGCCAAGAGUUAGGCUUCUCUACAGUUUAGCCUUUAAUGCCAGGUUUCUGAGACACCUUUGGUAUCUAAUAUCAUCAAUGACAACCCGGAUGAUUACAGGGUCCAUGGUACCAUUGCUUCAGGUCAUAUCAAGAGGUUCUCCCAUGUCCUUAGAAGAUUCCAGUCGAAUCAUCCCACUCUUUUACCUUUUUAGUUCCUUGUUUAGUCAUUCGCUAAUUUCCAUUCAUGAUAAUGAAUUCUUCGGUGAUCCCAUAGAAGUUGUAGGUCAAAGACAAUCAUCAAUGAUGCCUUUUACAUUACAAGAGCUUAUAAUAUUAUCACGAUGCCUUCGAGAUGCUUGUUUAGGAAUCAUCAAAUUGGCUUAUCCUGAAACCAAACCAGAAGUUCGUGAAGAAUAUAUUGUAGCAUUUAAAAGUGUGGGAGUUACAACUAAUACUGAAAUGCAGCAAUGUAUACAAAUGGAACAAAAACGAUGGAUUCAGUUAUUCAAGGUUAUUACCACUCUAGUAAAAAUGUUGAAGUCCAGAGACACAAGACGAAAUUUUUGUCCACCAAAUCACUGGCUGUCAGAACAGGAGAAUAUUAAAGCAGAUAAGGUUACACAGCUCUAUGUACCAUCAGCUAGACACGUAUGGAGAGUCCGAAGAAUGGGAAGAAUAGGUCCAUUGCAGUCUACCCUGGAUGGUGAGUUCAAAUUAGGUGUGGAACCAGCACCACUUUCAGUAUCUGAGGAAAGGCAGCUUGCAAUUCUCACAGAAUUGCCUUUUGUAGUUCCAUUUGAAGAAAGAGUAAAGAUCUUUCAAAGAUUAAUUUAUGCAGAUAAACAAGAAGUACAAGGAGAUGGUCCAUUUCUGGAUGGAAUUAAUGUUACAAUCCGAAGAAAUUAUAUUUAUGAAGAUGCUUAUGAUAAACUUUCCCCAGAAAAUGAGCCUGAUUUGAAAAAGCGAAUUCGUGUACACUUACUGAAUGCACAUGGCCUGGAUGAAGCUGGCAUUGAUGGUGGGGGCAUAUUUAGAGAAUUCUUGAAUGAACUACUAAAAUCAGGGUUUAACCCCAACCAAGGAUUUUUUAAGACCACUAAUGAAGGACUUCUAUAUCCUAAUCCUGCUGCACAGAUGCUUGUUGGAGAUUCUUUUGCCAGACAUUACUAUUUUCUUGGCAGAAUGCUGGGAAAGGCUCUCUAUGAAAACAUGCUAGUGGAGCUGCCCUUUGCUGGCUUUUUCCUUUCCAAGCUGCUUGGGACAAGUGCUGAUGUGGACAUUCAUCACCUGGCAUCAUUAGAUCCUGAAAUGUACAAAAAUUUGCUUUUCCUCAAGAGCUAUGAAGGUGAUGUGGAGGAACUUGGGCUAAACUUUACUGUGGUGAAUAAUGAUCUUGGAGAGGCACAGGUAGUUGAACUGAAGCCAGGUGGAAAGGAUAUUCCUGUCACUAGUGCUAACCGAAUUGCAUAUAUCCAUCUGGUAGCAGAUUAUAGACUAAACAAACAGAUCCGACAGCAUUGUCUAGCCUUCAGACAAGGUUUGGCCAAUGUUGUGAAUCUUGAAUGGCUCAGAAUGUUUGACCAGCAAGAAAUCCAGGUGUUAAUUUCUGGUGCUCAAGUGCCCAUCAGUUUAGAGGACCUUAAAUCUUUCACAAAUUAUUCAGGAGGCUAUUCUGCAGAUCAUCCAGUAAUUAAGAUUUUUUGGAAAGUUGUAGAAAGUUUCACUGAUGAAGAAAAGCGCAAAUUGCUCAAGUUUGUAACAAGUUGUUCUCGACCACCUCUUUUAGGGUUUAAGGAAUUGUAUCCUGCAUUUUGCAUUCACAAUGGGGGCUCUGACCUAGACCGACUUCCCACUGCCAGUACCUGCAUGAACCUCCUGAAGCUGCCUGAGUUUUACGACGAGAAUCUUCUCCGUAGUAAGCUCCUGUAUGCCAUCGAAUGUGCUGCUGGAUUUGAGCUAAGCUGAGUUGUACAGAGGCUAAAUGUAGUGUUCUGCAGAGAGAAACUAAGCAGUGCCUCCACCAUUAGCAGCACCCCUACCAACCAACCAAGGGAUCUCAGGCUAGGUUUCUGCAGCUCUUCUUUCUUAUCAGAUGUCCUAGGUUUAUUUUUUAAAACACACAUGAUUUUAUUAAGUAACUCAUUUAUUUACAUGGACACCGCUUUCCAGUGACUCAAAAUAACCAAUGCUGUGUGCAGUGUGGCUGGUUUAGUGUUUAUGCCAAGAAGAGCACAUUUUAAGAACAGUGGCAAACUCAGUAUAUACAAUGAAUUAACCAAAGAUGAAGCUUUUCGCUCUGUGCUGUUCAAAUAAAGAUAACUUUAUGAGCUAGCAAUAAAGUUAUGGUGCAGCACGUUGCUUAAUGGGAUAUAGCUGGGAAAAUGUCAUCUUGAAGAUGUAUGCAAACCUCCUGGGCCUGGAAGAUUAAAAAUGCUUACCAUUAAGCCCCCCCCUUAUUGCUUUUCAUGUGGUUGAAUUGUUUACAAUCCUUAGUUGUUGCAACUAAAACCUAAAUGCAUCUCUUUUCUGCUGCCUUCUCCUGAAAUGGUAAGCUUGAAAAAUAUGUAACAUUGGUAAUAUUUUAUUUGUGCUUUUUGAACACACAUUUCUGAAUCCCAGAAAUGGGAUUAGCAUGCUUAUUUUAAGUACUACAUUGGGCUGCAUCAUGAUGAGUUGGACAUUAUAUUAAAUAGAUGUGAAGUAUACAUGCUUCUUUGUUCUGUUUUCCCCCCUUUUCCCAUCCCUCAUUCCUGUACAGAUUUCUUUUGGUAUGUAUCCUCUUCCCAUGACAUACACACUACCUGCAAUAGUAAUGAUUUUGAAAGAAAGUACAUUGUAACAUCUAUUAAAAUCAUUUGAACCGAAGUAACAGGCUUUAUCUUUUGUAUCUGUAGCCUGCUAUGAUCAUAUUCUUUCUAUAACUUCACUCCCUUCAGUUGUCAUUUCUGGGCUGUAGAAACCAACUUAUUAGUUAUUAUUUUUUGUGACUUAGCAGUUUUUGUUUCAGCUGCUGAGUUAAGUGCUGCUGUUUAGACAAGGCGGUGGGAGGGAACAUGUUGCUGAAUAUGAUUUGAUUGCCAGGGUAGCAUCUUCCUUUGAUAUAGGAAAGAAGCUAUUCUUUAAUAAUAAGGCACUUUAUGGGUUCAAGAUUUGUGUUCAUAUCUAAUUUAGCUGAUUAAAAACAGUAAGCUACUCAGAGCAUCUUCUCUAAGGUUAGAUAGGGAAGGGGUGGGGGUGGAGGGUGGGCAAUCACCAGAAUUUAUAAUCAGUUUCUUGGUCAUCUCUUAUGCUGAAAAUAUUUUACUGUCACUGGAGUGUCUGUUGGAUGUCAUAUUUAAUUGACAGUAACCAGCAAUAUACUUAUAAACGUGGGAAGACUAAAUGAUGCUUGUAAGAUCUUUACCAGUAUCUAUAUAAAUUGUAUAAUUUCUUAAUUUGGGGUAAUAAAUGAAGUGUUCAAAUGCUAUUUGUAGUCUUGGUAUACAGAAAUAAAAUAAUUGUUUUUCUUUU